CAUAAACUUAUUUAAAUAUACAAUAACAAAGACCAGAAGUUGUAUGGUCUUCUAGUGAACGUGUAUUGUAAAAUUAUAGCUUGUGUACAUAUGGAUUGACUGUAGUUAUCUCUAUCAGUAUGAUAUUCAUUAAUAUUCAUAAAUGAAGCACUUAUGACAGGGCAUAAGAAGAACGAAAAACAGUUUACAAGAUUAGAAAAUACCAUCUAGGAUUUCAAUAUAUAGUACAUAUUCAAAAUCCUGCAUAAGAUAUUAUGAUGACAGAGACACAAAGCCACGAGACAUACAUCAUAAAAACAUGGCCAUGUUGCUACUACGACAACAGCAGCAGAAGAUGGAUAUACGGAAAUCUCUGUGUAAUGGGAAAAGGCUUGAGAUUUACCACAGACAAAGAAGACACUGUCGACAUUCUGUAUUCAGACAUUGCCCAAGCCAAGAAGUCAAUGACGGGACUUAUAUUCCGAGCUGUUGUGGUGGACAUAAUUAAUGGCGAAAAAUACUGGUUUUCUUCAUUUAACGACGCUUACUCAGUUGUGCAAUACAUCAGAUUUUUCUUGAAGUCCAAACUGCUGCAAAAAAAGGGUUCAAUAGAAGCAACUAAGACGGAGGGACGAACUGAGAUGGGACGCAAACUUCUGUCUGUUGCUGUGGAUUCUGAGAAAACACUCAGGAAUGCUGCAGAAGUGCUAACUACUCAGGGUCACCAAUUAGACUCUGCCAUGGCCACAAUGAUGGACCUUCACUCCGACCUGGACGUGGCUGAAAACCUCGUCUCUGGACUGGAAUCCUGGUUUGGCAGGUGGUCAGUCCCAGAAGAAUACAAAACCAAUGACCCCCUAAUGGUCACUGAGUGUGACCUCUCCCAAGAGUUAGACUAUGAGGUCCUCUACACAAAACUAGAACCCAACAAAAUGAAUGCGCAACACCUGGGUAUCUUUCGGAUUGCCCAGGACGGAGUCUAUCUCAUGACAGACAGACAAAAACUUGUGCAUUGCUACAAGUGGAACGAAAUUUCGAGAGUUCGCGUCGUAAGUCUCUGGGAAAUCACGGUCACUAGAUUCCAGAUUGGCGAGGCGGACAUCUCUUAUUCUCUUGUGUUUACAUCUGUUUACAGUGUGUUAGGCAUUCUGGAUCGCAGACUGCGCAGUAAGGUGGAGUACUCCCAGGAUGCCUUUCGGGGAGAGUCGUCCGGCGUAAAACCUCUGAAAGCUACAUCCAGUAGUCUUUGUAGUCAAUCCAAACAACUUUUUCAUAAGAAAAAUGAAGGAACAGAUCCAAGAUUAGCACCACUCAAAAUAAACCAGCCUGGUGAUCAUAUGACCAGCAACAACCAAUCAGAUGCACCGAUACAACCAUGGGACCAAUCAUCACAAGUUUCGAUUCAGUCUUCAAAGAAGAUUGUAAGUGACCAGGAAGUGUCUGAACUAAGCGGCAUUCUGGGAGAUCUGAAGUCUAUGGCUCUUGGAGUUCAGCAGGAAAUGGAUGAUCAGGAUGAGAAAAUCAAGAAACUUGGGAGGACAGUGGAAGAAGCAAACAUUAGGGUGACAGAUACAGAACAACGCAUCAAAAACCUGCUGUAGUUAUAAACACUGACCAUUUUUAAUGAGAUUGGGUUUGGAACAUGCAUUCAUGCUUGCCUAUAUGUGCCUCAUCUUAGUUAUUAAAACGAAUAGUGGAAGAAGCAAAUAUAAAAGUUAAAGUAACAGAAUAUGGCACAUUAAAUAACCUCCUGUAAUAAUAAAACAACCUCAGACAAUUAGAUUUAGAAGAUUGGGUUUUGGGCAUGCAAUCUCAACCAUUAGAAGUGCGCCUAUAAGUGUGUGUAUUAAGGAUCAAUGAGAUGAGAAUCGACAAUUAACAGAACAUUUUUAUCAAACAAAUCAUAAUUGGGACCUUUAAUUUAUGAAACCAGUAGACAGUUACAUGUAUCUACAGUAAGUGUUAUUUUGUUGAGAAUUUAAAAACACUCUUUGCUUGAUAUUUUCUUUUUCAUUUUUCAAAGGCAUAGAGCAUUGAUAAAGCUAUAGACUGUGGGUAGAAGAUGACAUGUAAUGCAACAGUUUUAUUUAUAUAUAAGCUUUUAACUUAAUAAAAGCCUAAUAUACAUUGGAAUUAUAUUUAUUGUACACUGGCAAAAAUUACUUUGCUUAUGUAUGAUUGUGAUGUUUAUUCAUAAAAGUAUACAAUGUGAUCAAAAUCGGAUCCUUGAAUCCACCCAAUGACAUGUAGAUUGUUUGUAGGUUUUAAAAUAUAAUGAAUACAUAUAUAUUGUACUUAAAAGUCUAUACCAUACUCCGUUUUUCAUUAGGCCAUCCAUGUCACUAAAGUGAUAAUUAUAUUUUUAUUUGCGUCAUUCAUUGCUAGUUGAAUAUCUUAGGUUUAAAGUCUUACAAAGGUAAACUUCAUGUACAUGUACAUGUACUUGCCCAACAUUUAUCCCAUUUUUGCAAUGAUGUCUCAAACCUUUCCGACAUCGAACUUGCAUAUAAUUAAAACGUAGGCCUCCGCGACAAUCCUCUCUUUGAUUAGAUUGAGCAAGACUUCAUUGAAUUAAAUACUAUGACCUUACAUACACCGCAGAUGUGACAUUUAUAGGCAUACUGAUGUACAAUUUUAGUAAUUUAGUGAUUUUUGAAUACUUUUUACAAUCAAUCUAUUUAUUUGUUAAAAGGAAGAUGUAAAUUCAUGCAUGUAUAAACAAUAAACUGCUUUCUUUGA